CUCUCCUUGCUGUCAUUUCGCGGUAACGUUCAGAAUGGCCGUGCACGUUCCCGUAGCCAAAAUAUUCCCCUCUGUUCAGCUUCCAGUCCUAAAAAUGGUCUCAGAAGAAAACGAGACAGAGUAUGAGCUUCGCAGUACAAUAUUUGGGAUUCAUAUGCCGCUCAAGGCAUGUAGGUGCUUGCUCACAGGCAAGCGAGAAAGUGGCAAGACUUCCCUUCUGUUCCAGUGUGCUGUGACCUGUGCAUUGGAGGGACGGAAAGUCGACUUUGUCUCCCACGCAAGGUUCCAGUCCCUGCCGCUGUCUGUUCAUGGAGCGCCCUCACCUGAUCCACUCUUGAUGAAGCACGUCCACAUUCUGUACCACCAGGACCGGUCUUCCCUGCUGGAGUAUCUUGCCAGUAUACACACCUCCCCUGCACCUCCAGACGCCAUUUUAGUGGACGACAUCGACUUCUACGCUACUCACCCAAAAACUCAAGAUACUGGCUCAACCAUUGCCCAGCUGUGUGCGUACUUGGUAGAUGCCGCUGCUUUUGUGGACACAAACAGAACCAAGAGUCAAACAUUAACACAGGACAGCAACCAGCGAUGCCUAUUAAUAGCAUCCGUCACCACAACAACCAGCGCGGGAGAGGUGGCCCUUGAACAUGUAUACCGAGGCUUCCUCCCCACAGUGCUACAGAUUUCAGGAGUGGAAGGCACUAAUGACGUCUACCAGCUCUCCCUAUACUCAAAUGGUGCAGCCCAGGCAAACUGCAUCAUCACAUACGAGAUCAAGGACAACAUCAGACUGUUGGAUUACAAUAUCGGGGAUGCUGCCUUUGGCAUGUCACAGGACUUCACACAAGAGUAAAAAAAAAGGUUUUGUUAAAUAUUGUUUGGUGCAAUAAAGUGAAAGUAUUGUUUCAAAUUCGUGUUUCAGCUUUGAUGAGAUUUGGUUUGAGGUGAAGCAGUAGGAACAAAACAUGGAUGGUGCCUUAUGCCAUUGCAUUAUAUCAUUUUUCUUUAUUAAACUUUAUUCCAUUUUUUUCACCAGAGAAGCCCUAUCAGUCAGCAAGGAACAUGAAGACAGUGAAGAAAUAUUCAGUUUUAGAGAUAAAAGGAAUAAUUGAGGUCAAUAUCGUAGGUCAAACCAACACACUCAGGUAGGAGCCAAUAACCCAAUCCACAUGUCAGUUUAAAUUGGAUUUGAACCCGGUUAAAAGAGGUAGGCGGCCAAGAGAUGCUGCUGUUCCAACCUGAUUCCCCCGAACGAAGUGGGAAAUUUUAAUUUUGUAGAGAAAUGUUGACAUGAUGUGAUGCCUUGCAGAAGGCUGUGCACGAGACCAUUGGAUGAACACUUAGAGUGUAGGUGCCAUGUGUGUGGCUCAUGACUCCAACAUCUUGAGUUUUCAUCCCAUACGACACAGUCAAAACUGACUUUAUUGUAUAUACACAAGUUGAAUUGGCAGACUUCAGAAUUAGAAAGGCGUCUUCCUACUGAUUAAAAUCGGUUGUAAAACUAA